AUGAAGUUCUCUCUCAUCGCCGUCGGCUUCGCCACCCUCGCUGCCGCCGCGCCCCUUGCCGCCCGUCAGAACAACGUCUUCUCCACCCAGACCUACGACGAGCUCUCCAUCAGCGGCGGCGUCGCCGGCAAUGCGAAGCAGGAGGCCCUCCAGAAGCUCUCCGGCCUCCCCACCGACCUGACCAAGGUCAGCAAGGCCGACAUCAAAUUCCUCAACAGCGUCAACCAGAUCGCCAACGACGCCGAGACGGAGGCCUUCAACCCCGCCAUCAAGGCCGCCACCGGCAAUGCGGCCGACGCUCUUCAGUGCGGCAAGAUCAAGAACAAGGUCCUCAAGCUCACCGCCACCGUGCUGAAGCUGCAGGCUCAGCAGGCCCAGGGCGACAACGUCGCCUCUAAGCUGGCCACCGAGCAGAAGAAGCUCGACAACAACAUCAAGCUGGACACGGCUGAGGCUGGUAACGCCUGCACCGCCCUCAAGUUCGACGCCACCACCGCAUAA